AUGGCUGCUGGACGCACCAACGUCUUCUUCGUGCCCUACAGGCCUCACUCAAAGUCCAAAAAACCGUCCUCGGGUGAACCUGCCAUCUCACAGCAGAAACAUGCUGCUCGUGAGUACCAUCGAAAGGCCAAGCUGGAACGACUCGCUAAGCUAAACGCUGUACAUAACCGCGAUGCACGCAGUGCCAGUGAAAGUCCUCCACCUGGUAUCUCUUCUCGGCCGCCCCUGCUUCGAAAUAAGACCUUCCCGGAAGAUGAGAUUCGUAACAGGACAUUUGCUGUGUUUGAUGUUGGCACUGGAGUGUUGGAUCCCUUCAAUGCCUGCGUCCCCAGUGGUGUACCUUCAUAUGCUCUCGACAUUUUAGCCUAUGGUCGUUCGAAUCUUGAAGCCGGCAUCUCCCUCUGUCUUGCACACUACCCCCUUGCACCGGGAGCCGCAGCCUCCUCGCUCAUCCGACCGACAGCCGCUUCGAAGCAAUGGACAAUAGCCAGCUCCUCCAACAGCGUCCUUUCAGAGGGGACUAUCAAAAUUGCUCUGUUAGCAUGUGCGAUGCAAUCUCGCGCCGCAUUCUGGUCCAUUAUUUUUGCAGGCGCAACCCAUAAUGCCUAUCUUCAGGGCGAAACAGGUACCCCCAGUCGCAACCGUACGUUACGGUUAUCGUACAAGACUCAAGCCAUCAGAGAGCUAAAUGUGGAGAUCCAAGAGCUUCAAGGCCCAGCUUCCGACGAGCUCCUACUUGCCAUCAUCACACUAGCCGCCCAUGGAUCUGGGGAGCAAUUGGAACCCCCUCCGCAAGGAGAGAAUCUGAGCGCGUUACAAUCGGUGCAGAGCUUUCAGUACUACGGUCGCAUGCAGAGCGAAGCGGCACAUCUGAAGGCUAUCUGCCAUUUGGUAUAUCAGAAGGGAGGUCUGCAUACCGUGAAAAUGCCCGGACUGGCGAACGCCCUUGCGUUGGCCGAUAUCUUCUAUGCAUUCCAAGAUAUGCGGGUGCCUGCAUUUCCGCUGCUGGCGCCAACAAGCUUGAUCAUGUCGACAUGGCCUGCAAGUUCCACGCGUCUAACUCCAUCCCUCCAGAACUUGGCAAGUGGUUUCCAAGAUCUGGAGGAUGUGGUUGGCUUUGCACCGUUGAUGCAGAUCGUCAACAACGCCCGUCUGAUCACCAUUGGAUUUGAUGCAUACCUAUCCGGCCUCUCCUCGGCGCCGUCUCUCAACCAGAUAGUCUGGGCCAGAAACUUCAUGACGCACGACCUACUCUCGGCCCCCUCAGAGCUCCUAGUUCCAUACUCUCGCACCGGUUCAUCCUCACCACGGGAUAACGAUAGCUCAAGUAUCAUGGUUCACAGCUUUCCCCUGCAAUCUCUACACAACCUCGUUCGGCUAUCGACCAUGGCAUAUACACUUAUAGUGCUCUUUCCUGUACCAAGCGUUGCAGGUAUCCAUGGUAAACUGACACGAGAACUAAUGCUUGCACUAGACAACUGCACUGUUCUGGAACUUUGGACGACGCAUUCGAGGUUGUUGCUUUGGAGUACCAUCCUCGGAGGGGUCAUUGCACAAAACACCAGUCUUCGGCCAUGGUUUACCGAGAUGAUCAGACAAGCCCGGACCAAAAUCCCCCGUCUAGCGCUCUUGAACGCGAAGAGCAGAAGUAGGAGCAAGAGCAGACACUCGAGUCACAGUAUGAGUUCUGUUAGUGACGACGACGGGACAGAUGGGGAGUCGGACGCGCCGUGGCCAGUGGUGAAGGACAAUUGUUUUCGGUUUCUCUGGUUCGACGGUCCCGAAUGUGACGGUCAAGGUCGAGUGUUUUGGGGCGAAGCGUGCGACGACACGAGCAAGCUAGCCUAG